GAAGGACCAAGAUAAAGCUUUCAAGCCAGUGCGAAUCAACAAUUCUUUCAUCUAAGCCACAAUUAAAUCCCUUAGAAAACAUAUGGCUGAACAAGCUCCAUCUAACUCAUCGGAUGCUACUUCUCCAGCGCGAGGUCGAGGCCGAGGCAAAUCUCGCGGAGGACUAGGCAAAUAUCUUCGUGCGCGAGGACGUGGAAGAGGUUUCGGACGUCCAGCACAGUUCACUCAACGUUUGGUACUGGAAGACGAGGAGACGAUAGAGCUAGAUCCUGACUCUGAGGAGGCGAAAGAGCUGCAACGCAAGUACGCGCGGAGGCAGCUGGGAUCAAACGCUGAUCGGUACGCCGAGGUUGAACCUGAACUUGGAUCCGAUGGCGAAGAAAUACGCGAGCCUGAAGUUGACCUGUCAGCUUUUUUGGAGAGGCAGAAGCUGUCAGACGAUUCUGGACCGUCGACCGUAUCACCACCUGUGGAUGACGACGACGAUAUAGAUCACAGCUUAGACCAUAUAUCCUCACAUCGACAGCCCGUCUCUCAGUCAAAAAAAGGACGAGUGCAGACGCUUGAGUGGGACGAAGCCCUCGAAGAGAUGAGCCGCGAGAAAGCAGCUGCUGAGGCGACCCGAGAUCUGAAAACGAGGUUUCGGGCAAAAUCAGAGAAACUAAGGCUGAAGCCCGCAAUUCUGGGGAGUAAUCGAGAACGCAAGCUAGACAAUGGGUAUGUCGAGGCACCGCCAUUACCUGUCGAAUCACCACGCCAGGCAGACCCAAAGACUGAGAUGCAAGACUUUUUGGACGACCUACUGGGUUAAACAUGAUUCGAUACACUCUGUUAACUACUUUCGUUCGAUCAGGUUUAUCUCUCGCGAACGGGUCCCGAGAUGCGUACUACUUGCUGAUAACGCCAUCUAUUCUGUGGGAUCACGGCGCAUGUUGUCUAUUUGCGCACGCUCAGCUAGGUCAGUGUCACCACUGGUGGUCGAUCCUAUAGCCGCGUGUGUAUAGGACAAUGCCUUGCUUUAAGGUGGAGACAGGCAGGUAACUAGAGAGAAAAUGGUAUCAAGAAAUAAGUUUGAUUCGAGUGGCUGCGAAUGGAGAAUGCUCAAGAUAUUUACGAAACAUACAUUGUGCAAGACUGAAGUUCGGUACCACUUUUUUUU